AUGCCACCCAUACCACAAAAACUCAAUCCUCCGGCUACUGGAGAUCAUCUGAUAACCUCAUGUCCGGCUACACAUGUCCUCUUGCUCGUGCUGAAUAGACCAAAGGCUCUGAAUGCCAUGACCCCCGAGUUGCAAGAAGACAUUGAGCGCAUGCUCGACUGGGCUGAGAACGAGCCGGAAGUAUGGGUCGUCAUCAUAACCGGUACUGGAAGGGCGUUCUGCGCUGGACAGGACCUCAAAGGAUGGUUGGAUCGACCCAAGACAGAGAAUGAUUUACACGAACACGGGUUUGGUGGAAUAUCGUCAAGAAGGGCACUAACGAAACCAUUGAUUGCAGCCGUUAAUGGCCUAGCAUUCGGAGGUGGAACCGAACUUAUUCUCAACUGUGACCUGGUCGUAGCAAGUGAAGACGCCAAAUUCGCCCUUCCUGAA